AUGAGCAACGUACCCAAUUCACAUCAUCCACCUUAAGCUCCAAAAUAAGGUCCACCAUACUAACCAACAUAAUUCCAACCUGGAUUUGCUCCUUAAUAUGCUCCUGCUCCAGUGACUUAUGGUCCACCUCUCACUUCAUCACCAUUGAGAUAUUCUCAACCUCUUUAUUAACCCUCUGUUGUAGCAUAACCAGUGUAUGCUCCUCCUGUUGUUUAACAACCUGUCUAUGCUCCUUCAGUUGUUUAACAACCAGUAGUAACACAAUCUGUUGUUGCUCAACCAGUUGUUGCUGCAUAACCAAUUAAGGGAGAAAGCAGAAUUGAAUAUGUCCCAUAUGAAAAGACUGUAUUGGAAUAUGAAGAAGUAAGAUAAAAAAUUCAAGUUCCAAGAGAAAGAUAUGUGACAGAUUAUUAUGCAGUGGAAUACUAAACAGAAUAUGUUCCAUAAGUAUUCUAAGAAAAAUACACAGAAUAUGUCCCAGUAGAUAGAUAUUAAGAAAGAGUUGAAUAUUAUCCAGUUGAAAGAUAAGUUGUUCAUUAACCAGCCCAACAAGUCUAAUAAGUUGUAGCUUAACCAGUUGUUUAAUAACCAGUCUAAGUUGUUUAACAACCAGUUUAAUACGUUCAAUAACCAGUCGUCUAAUAGCCAUUGGUUCAAUCAAUCCCAGUCUAAACUGUUCGUCCUCCUGUUUAUGCUCCUGGAUCAUUGCCUUUGGGUUAAACUGUUUCACCAAGAUUGCCUCCUUAAGCUUAAACCAAACCUUAAGCCUAAUUGCCAUAAACAAAACAACCAUAAUAAUAAUAGAAAACAAAGAGCUUUUUGGACAGAUUAUUCGACAGAGAUUGAUAUAGAAUAUUUUUAAAAUACAUAUAUUAGAUCAAAUUUUGUGUUCUGAA